AUGAUCCGGAACGGGCACGGGGCGGCAGGCGGUGCAGAGCCGCCGGGGAGAGUCUCGAAGAGACACUCAUGGGUCUGUGUCUGUUCUUGUGUUUUCUUUCUUCUCCAGCCGAAACAACUUCCUGACAAGUGGCAGCAUGACCUUUUCGACAGCGGCUUUGGGGGUGGCGCAGGCGUGGAGACUGGUGGGAAACUGCUGGUGUCAAAUCUGGAUUUUGGAGUGUCCGACGCUGAUAUUCAGGAGCUCUUCGCUGAAUUCGGGACUCUGAAGAAGGCAGCUGUGCAUUAUGACCGCUCCGGGCGCAGUUUAGGAACAGCUGACGUGCACUUUGAACGGAAGGCAGACGCCCUGAAAGCUAUGAAACAGUACAACGGCGUCCCCCUGGAUGGCCGCCCCAUGAACAUUCAGCUCGUCACGUCACAGAUUGACACGCAGCGGAGACCCGCACAGAGUGUAAACAGAGGCGGGAUGACUAGAAGCCGUGGCUCCGGGGCUUUCGGCGGCGGCGGCACCCGGAGAGGCGCUCGUGGAGGAAGCCGGGGCCGAGGCAGAGGCACUGGCCGGAGUUCGAAGCAGCAGCUUUCUGCAGAGGAGUUGGAUGCGCAGCUGGACGCUUACAACGCGAGAGGGCCUCCUGUUGAGUGAGUGAUU